AUGUCAGGAACACUUAUCAUCAAGCCAUUGAGUGCAAAGUUAACUCAUGAUACCGAAACCUUUGGAAAGAUGGAUCCAUUCUGCUUAGUAAGAGUUGGUGGAUAAACGCAAAAAACUAGAUAACAUAAAGAUGCAGGUAAAUACCCAUCUUGGACUGACACUCUUUCAUUUCGCAGAACAGGAGAAUUGAUUGCUGACAUUGAGAUAUGGGAUAAGGAUGAUGUAAGCAAAGAUGAUUUGAUCGGAUAAGGAUCUUUGGCACUUUAGACUUACUUUACAAAACCAAAUGGAACUGAAUGGGUCAAUUUAACAUAUAAAGGUAAAUAAGCUGGAUAGGUUUUGAUUGAAAUUUAGUUUUUCCCUGAUGGUGGCGCUAAAGCUCCAGUUAUGCCUGGCUAAUAACCAUACUUCCCAAAUCAACCUUACCAAUAAUAACCUAUGUAUCCUCCAUAACCAGGUUACCCUCCUUAAUAGCCUUAUCCACCAUAGCAGCCUGGCUAUCCAACAUAACCUGGAUACCCUCCAUAACCUGGAUAUCCUGCACAACCUUAUCCACAAUAGCCAGGAUACCCACCCUAAUAACCAGGAUAUCCUCCCUAAUAACCAGGAUACCCUCCUUAAUAGCCAGGAUAUCCACCACAAUAGCCAGGCUAUCCUCCUCAACCAGGCUACCCUCCUUAAUAACCAGGAUAUCCACCCUAAUAACCAGGAUAUCCACCAUAAUAACCUGGAUAUCCACCAUAAUAGCCAGGAUAUCCACCAUAAUAGCCAGGAUAUCCAGCCCAGCAAUAUCCUCCUUAAUAAGGCUAUCCACCAUAGCCAGGAUACCCAGGUUACCCUCAAUAAGGAUAUUAAAAGCCUUUUUGA